CCUGCAGAGGAAGUUUAUCCGGGUUGUGUGUAAAGACGCUUCCUGUGUGCUCCUCUGAACAGAAACAUAUUCUGAAACAUUCAUGGCUUGACGGUUCGUGAAAACACGCGAAGACAGAAAAACAAACAAACAAACAAACAAACAAACAAACAAACAGCAGCAACACGAUGAAUUACGUGCCGGGCACCGCGAGCCUGAUCGACGACAUCGACAAAAAGCACCUGGUGCUGCUCCGAGAUGGGAGAACACUGAUCGGAUUCCUCAGGAGCAUCGAUCAGUUCGCCAAUUUAGUUUUCCAUCAGAAAGUUGAGCGCAUCCACGUGGGGAAGAAAUUUGGUGACAUCCCGAGAGGAAUCUUCAUCGUGAGAGGAGAGAAUGUGGUGCUGCUCGGAGAGAUAGAUGUGGAUAAACCCUGCGACACGCUCCUGCAGCAGGUCUCCAUCGAAGAGAUCCUGGAGGAGCAACGGUUGCAGCAACAAGCCAAACAAGAGACGGAGAAAGUCAAAAUGCAGGUCCUGAAGGACCGAGGCCUGUCCAUCCCCAAAGCGGACAACUUAGACGAGUACUGACACCGCCCUGAGCCUCUUUCUCAGUUUGUAUCGGACUGGGACAUUUUUCUUUCUUUUCUUUUUUACAUGAAUUUAAGUAUGAGAGUGUGUUUUUCUUUUUUAUGAGUACAAGGCUCCAUCAUGCUGAGCCUGUAUACUGUAGUUUACUGUAUGAAUUUGAGUUAUUUGGAGAGAAAAAGGAAAAACAUGUAAAGGAUCAACUUAGCAAUUAUUUUACAGCAGCACUUUCUAUCACGGUCUUUUUAUUUGGAGAUCAGUGGGCCUCCUGUUGACAAAAAAAAAAAAACCUACUUGCUCCAUUAAAGAGUUUAGUUUUUCAUUAUGGAAGGCGUGCUUGGAAACAUUUGUCACCACACUACCUGUUUUUUAUUGUCUUUAAUUCAUUUUAAAAAUGAGAAAUUGGGAUCUUCAGGUCCAGGUCCAGGUCCAGGCUGCUCUGCUGCAGACCAUCACACGUGAGACUUUGUUGUGUAAUCUAUGUGCAGGGGGGAAAAAGGACAUAAUUCAUUUGGAUAAUUGAGUUUAUGGCAGGCAGCAUAUCAGUGCAUCAGACUACCUCAUGUCCUGUUUAUAAAAUCACAGCCCGUCCGGAGAAAUCGAUCCUAUCUGCCUUCAUCAGUCAAUAAGAUGCUUGUUAAAUGGUUUGGACGGAUACAGUGAGUUAAUAUUAAACAGCCCUGCUCGGCAGGAACCCUGUGACCGCUUCAGCAGGCAGCAGUUAUCAUAGCACCACGUGAACUAGGCUUCCGCCAAGAUUCAAUGUAUGUUGAGUGUUUUACUGUGAACACUGUACAGCAGCCUGCAUGUUA